AUGGCUCCAGGUGACUGUCUCGGUGGGGCCACACUGACCAUGCUCAGGAGCUUCUUUCUCCAGCUCAUGCCCUUGCUUUGGAUCCUAUUGGCCCAUCACCAUUUUACGCAAGGUGAUGACUGCAAUGACCAUUGUAACUUGGCUCAUGGCAGCUGUGAAGAAAAUGGCAAAUGCAGGUGUGACCCAGGCUGGGAUGGGAUAUACUGCGAGCAGUGUGUGAGGAUGCCAGGCUGUAUCCAUGGGACAUGCCAUCAGCCCUGGCAGUGCAUCUGUCAAAGUGGUUGGGCUGGUAAAUUCUGUGACAAAGAUGUGCACAUCUGUGAGCAUCAGACUCCAUGCCAGAAUGGAGCCCAGUGUAUCUACGACCGUGAUGGAGAAUAUUCCUGCCUGUGCCUUGAAGGGUUCCAUGGAAAGGACUGUGAGCUGAAGACAGGGCCAUGUGAGAAGGCAGGGUUUCCAUGCAAGAAUGGUGGACUAUGUCAAGAUAAUAAUGGCUUUGCAAGCAACUAUACAUGCAAGUGCCUAGCGGGAUUCAUUGGUGAACACUGCGAGAUUGAUGUUGAUGAUUGCCUCAUGCAACCCUGUGCCAAUGGUGCCACCUGCCUUGAUGGCUUGAACCGUUUUUCCUGCCAGUGCCAGGCUGGCUUUGAAGGGCGUUUUUGCACCAUAAAUAUUGACGAUUGUGCCAGCCAACCGUGCAGAAAUGGGGCCAAGUGCUACGACCGCAUCAGUGAUUUUGACUGCUUGUGUCCCGAGGGCUAUGUUGGUAAAACAUGUGAAUUCCUUGCUCCAGAGCCAACGUGGAUCACCACAUUUCAGCCUGACCAAAAGGAGCACAAUGUGGCUGUGACCAGCAGCAACCCUUGGACAACCCAGUCUGAGCCAGUUAGGGCUGUGGUCACUGGGAAACGCAUCACUAACUACAGUGAGAAAUCGAAUGGGGGAGGGCUUCUUAUCUCCGUGAAGGAGGUGGUGACUCAAAAGGACUCAGGGCUCAGUCAAUCACAGCUGAUCUUAGUGCUUGUGUUUGGGCUCCUCACUGCCCUUUCAGUCUUGGUAACUGUGCUGCUGCUGCUGCUGAAGAACUGGCAGAGAGGGCACCAGAGGUGCCAGAGUCCAUCCCAGUCUGCAAGGAAACUUCAGGACCAAGAGUGUCAGGUGGGAAUGUUAAAUACAGUCUUGAUAGAACCCAGGAAAACAACAGAGCUGUAAGACCCCACAGGUUGGAGCCUGACCACCCAAUAUGCACCCACCAUUGAUUAAGUGAAUCCUUUGAGCCAUGUCCUGGGGGCUGUUCUGGCUGCACAUCUCCAAAACACCAAGGACUCUGAAGUGACUUAAAAGUUGUAAAUCAGCAAGAAAAAGAGUCGUCCAGGAGGCAGCGAAAUCUUGUUUGAAAACAAGAGUCCUCUAAUGCAUGCAGCUUAAGUCACUAGCAGGGGGACAUCAACUUAUCAAGGCAGCCAAGGUAAUGCCGGGCGAAGAAGAUAACUAGGCAUUGGAAACCGCAAGCAAAAUGGAUGAAGAUCAUCCUCCAGGCACUUUUAAAGGGAGUUGCAAGAACAAGCCCAAGUGUGGCAGAAUGGAAAGUAGGAGAAACUUGAUGCCACCCUUAGGUAUCUGAUAACUCUUGGUCAGAGUCACUGGAGCGAGCAGUCAUGUGGAAAAUGGGGGCUCAGAAAUUGCUCUGUGUAUGCCCCACCUCUACAGAUCUGGCAUAGACAAUAUGGGAUUCCCCUUUUUGCCUAGAGGUUCUCAGCUGAGGGCCCUGUGGUGCCAUGAGUUGGUUUGAUGACUAUACUGAUCAUGUCUUGCCGCUGUGUCUUGUACUAUGUCCUUUCUUCAUCUUGCUGCACAUGGUUGGAACUUUCAGGACAAAUAACACGUCUCUUCCUGUCCUCUCCAGCCUAACACUUCAUUUCUUCAGUGAUGAUGUCAGGAAGGAGCAAAAGGAAGCACAAAACCAGUACUGUAUCAGUUUUCUGUUUCAUGUAAUUGAUGCGAAUCUUCUCACUUGCCAGAACAGGAUUGGAUGCAUAUAUGAAGCCAGGAAUUGUAGUCCGGCUUUUUCUGUGGUAAUCCCAAUUCCAAAACCUAAGUUCUCUGAGAGAACAAAAUUGGAGUUGAUUCCAAACCAACAGGUUACACUCUUCCUACAGAAGUAGGGUGUAGGCUGAUUCCAGAAGCUGUGAUAGUUUACUGGAGAGGAAAAUGAAGCUGCAGACUUUUUUGAAAUUCUGAAACAGAAGUAUGACAUUUUGAACUAGAUGUACAGUUUUGAGGGUGAGAACUCUUACACCCUUAUUGUGUGCUGUUUCAUAUACCAGUCCGCAGCCACUGGUUCCCUCAGCCAUAGUUCCUUCUCUCAAGCAACAGUGAAAACUAUUUUAUAUUGAAUCAGAAUAUUGGUUACUUUGCUCAGUAUUUUGUACACUAGGUGGCAGUGGGUUUCUAAGAUUUCAGACCAGAGCCCUUCUGUUACAACCUGGAGAUGGCUGGGAUUGAAUGUAAAGCACGCAAAAUAAGUGUUCUAUCACUGAGGUACAAAUUCUUCCUCCCCUAACUGGUAAUGAGAGUGAAUAUAUAACAAAACAGAUUUGGCUACUCCCUAUUUUUGCUGAUAAAGUACACUCUAUUCAGUAGUGUUCCUUCACUCUGAUUGUUCACAUACUGUACUUUGAACUAGAGGCAGUGGUCCUGCCAUCUUUUCCCAUCUCCAAGUCUUUUCUCACUGGCUGAACCCUAAGGCUUUGGCUUAGGUAAAAUGUCCAGACUGUUGAUUCUGACUGUUAUUUUUCCUCACCUCAUAGUAAGAAUGCACAAGUACAAUAGUUCCAUAGCCAAGGAACAAUCAGUUGUUUGUCUGGAAAUUCAUGUUGAGUCAAGCAGAAGGGGGAAGGGGUGGGGGUUUUACAAGAAAUAUUAUUUUUGUAAUACACAGUUGAUGAAUGGUGUAACUUUAUAAAUAAAUACAAGAAUUAAAACAUCAGAACCAGUGCCUUCCUGCUCCUCCAUAGACCUGAGGACUGGUUCUAGAUAAGGAUUUGCCAUGACUCAUUCAGUCACAUCUUACAGGAAGCCCCCACACACAAUGUUAUCCAUUUCCUUCCAUAUUCUCCCAUUACUAAUUGAGUGAAGCCCAACUUCUUUGAGAAGGAAGCUGUCUUCACAGAUAUAGGUGCCUUCAGCUCUACUCUGGUGUCUUAAAAAAGGAAUGGUUUGAGAGUGCCCUGUUGGUUGGGUGAACCUAUUGUGUCUCAGCACACAUUCAAUAUUAUUCUUGUGGUGCAAACUGUUUUAUUUCCCAUUUGUUUUAUUUCAUUUUUAAUCUUUUGAACAUUGUGUAGCUAUGUAAAAAAUUAAAUAUCAAGUUACCACUUAAAUGAAAAUGUUAUAGCACCAUAUAUAAUGCAAUACAUAUGUUUUUAAAUGGGGGAAGUUCCUGUU